AUGUUUUUUGGGACAGAAAAGAAGGAAAAAGAAGGAGGUCUCUCUGAUAUGGAAUGUCGCUAUGCGGCGGCUGGGUAUUUGUUGUAUGUCCUUGCGUCGGUUAUAUUUCCUGACAGCAAAGGUAACCGGGUGAGCGCCAACCUUCUUCAGCUUUUGGAUCCCUUGGAAGAUGUGAGCAAGUACUCUUGGGGGACUGCCAUAAUUGCACACCUGAAUGGUCAGCUUUCUCAGGGAUCUCGCAAACUAACUUCUCAAAUUAAUGGGAAUUUGGCUCUAAUCCAGGUGUGGAUUUAUGAUCAUUUCCCAUCAUUGAUCAAAGAUAAUGAAGAUGUGGAACUCAACCCACAAUGGAGCAAAGGUAGUCCAACGGGAACCAAAUACUUGUUCACUGGUUCUCAAGAUAGGGAACAAACUGAUGCGUUGAUAUAA